AUGGGAAUCUUCUGGGCAGUGGUUGUCGCAGUCGGAGUUGUAAAUCGAGCGCUCUUGAAAUGGGAGGCUUGUAGACCUCGAGCGUCUUGGACCCAGCAACGAAGACACGUUUGGUUCAAACGCAAUAUUCUGGCGCCAGCCACUUUUGGCCGGCGUUGUGUCCAGGACUUUGGUGGCUGGGGCACUUUGCCUCCACGUGUGCAGACAUUGACUCUGACGUUGUUUGUGCUCAUCAACAUCGUGUGCUCCGUGCAUGGGUACAGGUUCUUCGAGGGUUACGGCUACUAUCCGACUAUAGGAAUGCAAAUCCUCCGACACGUCUCUGAUAGAACGGGCAUUAUUUCGUUUGCAAACUUUCCCCUCAUAUGGCUCUUUGGAAUGAGAAAUAACGUGGUCAUCUGGCUGACAGGCUGGGAUUUCAAAACAUACAACAAUUUUCACCGCUGGGUAGGUCGGCUUGCCGCCCUGCAAGCCAUUGUCCACUCGGUGGGAUACACAGCCCUAAUUCUACAAAGGGGCGGUUGGGACUACUUUUGGCGGAUGUGCAAGAUGACGUAUUGGUGGACUGGGGAGUUGGCAACAAUUUUCAUGUGUUCUCUUGUCGGCCUAUCAGUCUAUUGGCUUCGGCGUAGGCAAUACGAGGUCUUCCUCAUACUUCACAUAGUCUUAUCGAUAUUGGUUCUCAUAACUAUGCUGGGGCAUGUGUCAAUAUUCAAAGGCGAUUAUGAUGCUCUCGUGUGGGUUCCGGUCAUGAUAUGGGUACUGGACCGGGUUGUACGCGGUGCGCGGAUCGUCGCCUUUAGCCCACAGUUCUGGAACGCAAAGGCCCGGAUUGCCUACAACGAGGAUGCACAUAUGAUUCGCAUGGUCGUCCCAAUGUCAUCAAGUUUGUACAGCAUCGAGCCUGGGACAUUUUACUAUCUCAUGGUGCUCAACAAAUGGAAUUUUUGGGAGAGCCAUCCAUUCACCGUGGCAUCGGUGUCAAGGGAGGCUCGAUGCGACGCAGUAUCCCUGAACGAGCAGUCGCCUUUGUUGAACUACUCAUCAACUACCUCUGAAGAGGUGAGAUGCUGGUCGGGAAAGUCUGAACAAGAAAUGACCUUUUUGAUCCGACCUUAUGAUAGUUUCACUUUGCGCUUGAAGGAGUAUGCGGACGCCCAGCGGCCAAAGCCAGCUACAGUCCGAGUGGCUAUUGACGGUCCUUAUGGGAAGCCUCUACACUUAGAACAGUUCGGCAAGGUGAUUUUUAUAGUUGGAGGCAGUGGAAUUGCCGUCCCACUCUCGUAUCUUGACAGGCUUACAAGGUCUCCGAGCAGACCAAAACUGAUUCAUAUUCACUGGGCAGUACGUCAGUGUGCUCUAGCAGUUGAUGUACUUGGUCAUGAGCUUAGUAGUUCAUUCAACAGUGGACAAGUCAAGAUCAACAUCUACGUGACUAGUGUUGAUAGCAGAAGGACCGAAGAUGAAGGCAUAUGCCGCCUUGCAGAGUGGAAGUUUAAACGGUUAAAUGUCGAAGAAGCUAUAGAUGGUGCCCUUAAUGACGGACAGGAAGGAAGCCUUGCGGUAGUCACAAGCGGCCCGGCCAGGAUGGCCGACGAGAGUAGAUAUGCAGUAGCAGCCAGGAUGGUGCGUUCUUCGCCCCAUAUCGAGUAUUUUGAGGAGAGUUUCCAGUGGUAG